CAGAAAGCCCAAGUUCACUAGCUCGGCACUUUGCAGGCAGCAGGAGGGACCUCGGGGCUCCGCUCUGAACUUUGACUCCCGGUGGUCCCGGCCUCUCCGCGGGGCUCCCCCUGGCUCCCCGCUGCCCCCCCGGCCCCCGCUCGCUCGGCCUCGCAGGAUGCAGAUCUCACCCUUGCUGGCUGGAGGACUUUUACUCGCUCUGCUCUCCGUCAGGCUGGAGGCGAAGCCGGCGUCUCAGCUCCCGCAGAAGGCCUCCCGCGGCUCGGCAGCGGCUCCGCCCGAGGCGGCGGCGGAGCGGGACAAGGAGCGGGACAAGGAGCGCAGCAGCAGCAGCAGCAGCAGCAGCGGCGGCGGCGGCGGGUCGGGCCCGCGGGAGGCGAGGGAGACGCGGGCCGAGGGGCGGCCGCGGGCGGGCUGGGCGCGGCUGCUGCAGGACCCGCCGGGCCGCCGCCACAAGGGCCUCCAUAAGAAGGGCCUGGGCAAGGGCUGCUUCGGGCUCAAGCUGGACCGGAUCGGCGCCAUGAGCGGCCUCGGCUGCUGAGGGACCCCUGGCGGGCUUUGAAGGCGUAGUCCAUUUUCUCCUGCCGUGGCCAAGCAGGGCUGUCCCCCAGGCAACGCCGAGAAGAGCAGAGACCCUCCCCAGAAUGGACAAAAGAUGUGGCUGUGUUUUUUCUUUUUGGUACGAGGAGUCAUGGCACCAGCUGUUUUGGUUUUGUUAUUUUUUUAAAAAGCGCUCUCUAUCUUAUAUAUAUUAUAUAUAUAUACAAACACUCAACAAGACAAGGGACAGUGCUUUUCCAAGAGACUGAUGAAGCCAGCUGUAUAACGUUGCUGUUUGUAAAUUCAUGUCAUGCAUAAAUGUAUUUAUGUUGUAAAGCUAUUUAUAUAUUGUUUAUAAAGAGAUAUUUAUAAAAAAUUAUUUAUGUAACUAAAUGAAAAGUCAAGCAUUGUAACAUUUUUUGUCCUAAGUAGUUGAAAAACUUAAAAAGAAAAAAAAAUCAUUCCAUGUGGCAUUUUGUAACCUGUCUUUAUUUAUCAAAUUCACAUACAAUUUAAGUGUCAGAUUGAUUGAUUUUAACAGAGCUAAAGAAGAAAUUGUUCAGAUGUUUUAGAAAAGUCAGGAGCGAGAGAAAGGGCAGCUGAUAUUUUAAGCUUUGAUCCCGUAUGCAAAAGUAAACUUGCGCCCGAUCCUGUGAUGCUCUGACGGACCGAGUCGCGCCCGGCGCUGCGUGCAGCCGCAAACCUCUGCGGGACCCAGCUGAGCAACCGCGAGAGCAACUGUGCCCAGACCCUGAGCGGCACCUGUGGAAAUAAGCCCGUCCUGUUCCAGCCUAGACCUGGAUCGAUAGCACGGCGACAAGAGCAGCGUUUGGCCUAGACGCGUUUUAACCGCUUCCAGUCUGCGGGUUUGGGUCCGAAUUCCAGCCCGUGGCUCCGGCUGUGUCACCGGGCGCUGUAUGGAGAUGCAGUCCCUGCCGACAGCAACAAAGAGACCGCGCUGGAUCCGGCCCCCGGCGGCGCUAGCGGCAACGGAUCUUUAUGCCAAAGGCGCUGUUAUUCUCAGGAUCCAGCAGCUCACUAAGUAUCUUGUUGAUAUUCCCAUUUGCCAAACCUUCACCGCUAAGCUGUAAAGUCCCUUCCUCCGGCAGAGAUUUGUUUAACUGUGCCUGGGACAAUACAUAGACAGACUAAAAUAUACUGAGGGCUGCCUGUAAGGAUGCACGGACACAGCUGUUGCUGCAGCUUCUUGCUAUGUAAAGUGCAUGAAAUAAAUCGUUAAAAUGA